CAUAUAGUAGAAAUGAAGGUCAGGUGCCCAGAAACUUUGGGCCAUAACGGUAAUUCUUGUUGGGAAUUCCAGGAGAACCCUGGAGAUGCAAAGCCCCAGAACUAACCAGUAAGCUGCCAUGUUUUGAAUGUUGUUUCUCCAUUGUAUAAGGUCCUCUCUGUAAUCGCACACAUUCCAGUGACGACGAUCCAAUUCUGAUGGAAACAUUGCGAUUGUGUCUCAUUUCAGAAGCUCCUCCUCCUGGUGAAAAUGGUUUCUAAAAAGCAUGUUGUAGGGAUAUUCACCCGAGAGCAUCCAGAUCUGUACCAGUGGCUGGUCCGUUUCCUUCUCAUCAUUUCCGUAGUGAAAGAUGUCCGCCAGGUCCUUAUCACCAACAACUUCUUUGAGUUUCAGCAGGAGGUGUUCAAAUGUAGCUUUGCCGUCCUCUACCACUCCAAGAAAAGAGGAAGACUCAACGUCACCGACGUCAACGACUCUCUGUACAACGCGGAGCUCCAACAUCUCAGCGAAACGUUUGGUAAGAAGAGAGUCCUGGUUGUGAUCGAUGAUCUGGAGGACAGCAGUGACCAUGUGAAGAUGGAAAUCCUCAUUAGCCAGCAAAGUAUACAGAAUCUGGCCGAGGAUCUCUUCCUGUUCAGCACAUCGGAGAAGGCUCUCCUCGGAGAUAUGAUGACCGGCGGAUAUCAGAGGGAAUCCGACCUCAAGAACAAGUUGGAUCGGAUGAAAUCUAUUGUUGAAGGCAGGAAAGCAGAAUCCAGGCUGGGCAGAUGGCCUGGAGGAACAGGAAUUCCAAUGCCAGAUCACGAUCCUCAAAGACCGACACAACGAUGGCAAUGCCCCUCUCCAACAUGUCUCCUCAUUAUCGCGUUCGCUAUUGCUCUUCUACUCCUGGUGAUUGUUCUACCAAUAGUGCUGCGCCCUGAAAAAAAGGACCCUUCUACCCCCGCCCCCUGAAGAACAGCAGAUCAUAUACAACAAUAUAAAAAAAAAAGGAA